AUGGCCUCUCCUCAUUCAAAAGACCGCGGUGCCUCGGCCGUCCUCGCCCUCGACGAGUACGAGGACAGGGACCCCGGCCGGAUCAACCAGCACCUGCAGCUGCUGUGGGAGGACGUCGUGGCCGAGCCCGACGGCGUCCGCUCUCCCGACGUCACCUGGCGCGGCUCGGCGCGGCUGUUCCGCCUCAGCCGCGACCUGGUGUACGCCUUCCUGUCCUGCUUCCUCGGCCCGCCCAUCGCCGUCGUACUCGGCGGCGGCUUUGCCGUCAUCGCCUUCGCCUACAUCUGGUGCGUGGCCCCCGUGCUGCGGGCGUGCCGGGUGACCCUGGGCGCGCUCAACGCGCUGGUGCGGGCCGUCACCCACGCCACCCUGGCACCCGUCACCGAGGCCCUCGGCUACGUGCUCGCCAACAUCCGCGUCCGAGUGCAGACCGCGGAGGCGGGCCGGCGCGCGCCGUCGGCCACCUCGCAGCCUCUCCUCGGUGCGUAG